AUGCUGACCAAGUUCGAGACAAAGAGCAACCGGGUGAAGGGGCUGACCUUCCAUAGUAAGCGGCCAUGGAUCCUGGCGAGCCUACACAGCGGUGUGAUCCAACUGUGGGACUACCGUAUGGGCACACUCAUCGAUCGUUUUGACGAGCAUGAUGGUCCUGUCCGCGGCGUUCACUUCCACAAAUCCCAGCCUCUCUUCGUCUCUGGAGGUGUUCCCUCCUGCUACACUCUAACCCUGCUCGCAGUUCUUUUAUCCUCUUUCAGUUUAUCACUUCAUGAUAUUUUUCCUUUUAUCUUUCGUGCUUUAAGGUAUAAUUUUCCUUCUUAUCUAGUAUUAAAAUUAUCGUUUUGCUGGUCACUAUUUUAUUGAUUUGGAAAUCGAUUCGUCUACAUUGUAUGUAGCUUCAUUCACUACGUUGAUAUUUUCAGUUCUAUGUAUAUGUUUCGAGUACAUCCAUGCUUCGUUGACUAAGAUCCCAUGGAUCUGAAUUGUCGCUCAGCUUUGUGUCAAAGAAGGAAGUGAACAGAUGGCAUUAUGCUCUUUUUCUCUUACGUAUUUUUAAAGCCUUUUUGAUACACAGCCUCAGAAGACGUGAAUUCUUUUCCCCAUGACUGCAUAUUUUAUACCAAGAUUCUGUUUAUUGCUUUGUUGCUGGUUUUAUAUAUAGUUUUUGAGUUCAUCUGAUCUGGGAUUGUCUCUCAUGUUAUCGUUUAAUUUUGCAGGAGAUGACUACAAGAUCAAGGUCUGGAAUUAUAAGACUCAUCGAUGCCUUUUUACCCUGGUCGGACACCUUGAUUAUAUCCGAACUGUCCAAUUUCACCACGAAUACCCUUGGAUUGUCAGUGCUAGUGAUGAUCAGACUAUUAGGAUAUGGAAUUGGCAGUCACGGACUUGCAUUUCUGUGCUAACUGGCCACAAUCACUAUGUCAUGUGUGCCUCAUUCCACCCGAAAGAGGACCUUGUAGUUUCUGCUUCGUUGGAUCAGACAGUUCGUGUGUGGGACAUAGGUGCUUUAAGAAAGAAAACUGUCUCCCCAGCUGAUGAUAUUUCACGGCUUACUCAGAUGAAUACAGAUUUAUUUGGGGGAGUUGAUGCUGUUGUCAAGUAUGUCCUGGAAGGUCACGACCGUGGUGUUAAUUGGGCCUCGUUCCAUCCCAGUCUUCCUCUCAUAGUGUCUGGUGCAGAUGAUCGUCAGAUAAAACUUUGGAGAAUGAAUGGUAAUCAAAGAUUUUGCAUUGUUGCCAUCUUCUCUGCUUUUACACUUUACUUCAUUUGGUGGACUUUCAAUUACAGUCAUUAUAGGUUCUCUUGGUAAAUCUUAUAUGUGAUUUCUUCUUCUUAAUUUUAUUACUAGUAGAUUUAGAUGCACAUUUAACGAAACUGAAGCAAGUUUCAUUUUAUAAAGAAGCAAAGACCAAGAUCCUCCCAAAAAAUGUCGUUAUAAAGUAGGGUACAUAAGAGAGAACAAGAAUCUUGUCAAAGGAGCAUUUUUCAUUAACCUUUGACUGUCCCGUUCACAUGCACCUGAUUUCUUUUUCGUAAAUACUACUGCUCCCAGUUGUGGAAUAACCUGAUGCAUACCUGGGUACCUAUUCUAACGAUGAUGGCUUAUAUUCUGCAUUAUGCCCCGUUUUCCUCAUACUUUUCACUAAAAUAAGAUCAGUUGGAUUCUGAAAUUUAGAAACUGGUCCUUCAAAAGCUCUGUUACAUGACAUGUCCGAUUUCUUGCAGUCAGCAACCUGGAACUGUAAUAGAUCUAAUUCGGCUGCCUCCUCUAAUCUACAAUCAUUGCUCAGUUCUUCUACCCCAGUUGUGUUAACCUCCUCCUGCGUAAAGAGGGUGACUUUCUCCUAAUGCUUUUUUUUUUUCGAGGAAAUGAAAAAAUGAAGUAGAAAUUUAGUCGAUUGCCUCCUAUCUGAUUCGGGUACGAUUAUUUCUGUUGCAUAGUCCAGUAUACGUUCUUUCUACCCACUUUUUCACACCUAGGUGAAAAAGCUUUCUGUGAGGAGUUAAAUAUUUUUAUUACAAACCAGAGAAAUAACAGGCUUCCCGUUUUUAUUGGUCGUCCCAUCCUUUGUUAGCGGUAGUUGGUACCAUGACUGGUGAACACAAAAUACUUUUAAUCAUGACGAUGUAGGACGUGUGGACCCAGAUUUUGUGCUAGUCAAUUAUAAUGGCUGAUUCUUUUAUACAUCUCAAUCGGACUACUGACCUGUAUGCUUGCUUUGAUCAUGACAAAGUGGGACAUGCUGGCCUGAUUUUGCCAUCAAAUGAAUUGUUCCACGGAGAAUGGUUUUCUUCAUCUCCUUAGCCUAUCUUCUGAUCUGUACCUUUGUUUUUUUUCUCUUUUUCCCAUUGUAGAUACAAAGGCCUGGGAAGUGGACACGUUGAGGGGGCACAUGAAUAAUGUUUCAUGUGUAAUGUUUCACGCUAAGCAGGAUAUUAUCGUCUCAAAUUCAGAGGACAAGAGCAUCCGUGUCUGGGAUGUUACAAAGCGGACGGGCGUUCAGACAUUCCGCCGGGAGCAUGACCGCUUCUGGAUCCUCGCAGCCCACCCUGAGAUGAACCUUCUGGCAGCUGGCCACGACAGUGGCAUGAUCGUCUUCAAGUUGGAGAGAGAACGCCCUGCAUUCUCUGUGAGCGGAGACUCAUUAUACUACAUCAAAGAUCGUUUCCUCCGGUUCUACGAAUUCUCAACUCAGAAGGACACCCAGGUGAUCCCAGUUCGGAGGCCCGGUUCGGUCAGCCUGAAUCAGGGCCCUAAAACCCUAUCCUACAGCCCGACUGAGAAUGCCGUCCUGGUCUGCUCUGAUGUCGAUGGCGGAUCAUAUGAGUUAUAUGUGGUAUCCAAGGACACCGUUGGUCGGAAUGAUUCUGUGCAGGAUGCAAGGAAAGGGCCUGGAGCCUCUGCCGUGUUCAUUGCUCGCAACAGAUUUGCUGUUCUUGACAAGGCCACAAACCAGGCCCUGGUGAAGAAUCUGAAGAACGAGAUCGUCAAGAAGAGUCCCCUUCCCAUUCCCACUGACGCCAUCUUCUACGCCGGAACAGGAAAUGUGCUGUGCCGGGCAGAGGAAAGGGUAGCCAUCUUCGACCUCCAGCAGAGGGUCGUCCUCGGGGAGCUCCAGAGCCCGUCAGUCAAGUACGUGGUGUGGUCGGGCGACAUGGAGACGGUGGCCCUGCUCAGCAAGCACGCAAUCGUCAUCGCCAGCAAGAAGCUCGUCCACCGGUGUACCCUCCAUGAGACCAUCCGCGUGAAAAGUGGCGCCUGGGAUGAGAAUGGGGUCUUCAUCUACACCACCCUGAACCACGUCAAGUACUGCCUCCCGAAUGGCGACAGUGGCAUCAUCCGCACGCUGGACGUCCCGAUAUACAUCACUAGGGUAUCGGGCAACACCAUCUUCUGCCUGGACCGUGAUGGCAAGAACCGCGUCCUGACCAUUGACGCCACCGAGUACAUCUUCAAGCUCUCUCUCCUGAAGAAGAGGUACGACCAGGUCAUGGGCAUGAUCAGGAGCUCCCGCCUUUGCGGGCAGGCUGUCAUUGCCUAUCUCCAGCAGAAGGGGUACCCGGAGGUGGCCCUGCACUUCGUCAAGGAUGAGCGGACCCGCUUCAACUUGGCCCUCGAGAGUGGCAACAUCCAGAUCGCAGUCGCUUCUGCCAAGGAGAUCGAUGAGAAGGACUACUGGUAUAAGCUGGGCAUCGAGGCCCUCCGGCAGGGGAACACCAGCAUCGUGGAGUAUGCCUACCAGAGGACCAAGAACUUCGAGCGGCUGUCCUUCCUCUACCUCAUCACUGGGAAUACUGAUAAGCUCUCGAAAAUGAUGAAGAUCGCGGAGAUCAAGAACGACGUGAUGGGGCAGUUCCACAAUGCACUCUACCUGGGCGACGUGCAAGAGCGAGUGAAGAUCCUGGAGACUGCCGGCCAGCUACCCCUUGCCUACAUCACUGCCUCCCUCCAUGGGCUCACAGAGGUUGCCGAACGGCUUGCAGCAGAGCUGGGGGACGACGCCCCUGGCCUCCCAGAGGGGAAGGACCCCCGCCUCCUGAUCCCUCCUCCUGCCCUCACCUGCAGCGGGGAUUGGCCGCUCCUGCGCGUCAUGAAGGGCAUCUUCGAAGGUGGCCUGGAGGGUGCCGGGAGGUCCGUUGGGCAGGACGACGAUGAGGAGGCUGCUGGCGCUGACUGGGGUGACGAGGACCUGGACAUCGUUGACGUCGACCAUGUGGUCCAGAAUGGAGGCGAGGGUGAGGAGCAGGGCGAGGCGAAUGCAGAGGAGGACGAGGAAGGAGGAUGGGACAUGGAGGAUCUGGAGCUCCCGGCCGAUGUGGAGACCCCGAAGGCGGCGGCAGCUGUCUCCCGCAGUGCUCUCUUCGUUGCGCCGGCCCCGGGGAUGCCGGUCAGCCAGAUCUGGACCCAGAAGUCGCCCCUGGCGGGGGAGCACGCGGCGGCUGGGGACUUUGCGACGGCCAUGCGGCUGCUCAACCGGCAGCUUGGGAUCAAGAACUUUGAGCCACUGAAGCCGCUGUUCAUGGACCUGCACGCGGGCAGCCACUCUUAUCUGCGGGCGCUGGCGCUGGCACCCGUCGUGCCGCUGGCAGUGGAGAGAGGGUGGAGCGAGGGCGCAAGCCCCAACGUGCGCGGCCCGCCGGCGUUGGUGCUCCGGUUCCCCCAGCUGGAGGAGAAGCUGAAGCUGGCCUACAAGGCCACCACGGAGGGCAAGUUCGCGGAGGCCCUGCGGCUAUUCCUGGCCAUCCUGCACGCCGCCCCGCUCAUUGUGGUGGAGCAGCGGAGGGAGGUGGACGAGGUGAAGGAGCUCAUCGACAUCGUCCGGGAGUACGUGCUCGGCCUGAAGCUGGAGGUGAGGAGGAAGGAGACCAGGGACGACCCCGUCCGCCAGCAGGAGCUCGCCGCGUACUUCACCAACUGCAAGCUGCAGAAGGGACACCUGCGGCUCGCCCUCAUAAGCGCCAUGACCGUCUGCUUCAGGGGUGGCAACUUCGCCACUGCCGCCCACUUCGCCCGGAUGCUUCUCGACACCAACCCCGCCGCCGAGGCACAGGCCAAGCGCGCCCGCCAGGUCCUCCAGGCCUGCGCCGACAAGCAGGACGCUGCCCAGCUCAACUACGACUUCCGGAACCCCUUCGUCGUCUGCGGCGCCACCUUCGCCCCCAUCUACCGCGGCCAGAAGCACGUUGCCUGCCCUUACUGCGGCUCCCACUUCGUCCCCGACGUCGAAGGCCAGCUCUGCCCCGUCUGCGAGAUCGCUGCUGUCGGCGCCUACGCCUCCGGCCUCCUCUGCUCCCCUUCGCAGGCCCGGUGA